UUUUACUUUCCCUUGCAUGUUAACAUAAAGGAAUGGAGAGACAUCAAAAGUAGAAUUCCUCCCAUUCCCCAAAACCGAAAUGGAAGUUGACCCUCUUAGGGUUUUUCUCUCUUUGCAAGCAAGAAAGUAGAGUUACAGUGUUUGUCUGAGGUCUGUAGAAGAGGAGAUUGAAGUUCGAGAUUCAGACUCUGAUCUUCUCACGAUUCAUACGGUGGGAGGCUUCAAUUGCAGUCACCAACCAGACGGGGUAGAACACUCCAUUUGACUGCACCUUCACCAUCCUAGGGAUAUCUUCAGGAUAAACACUGCUCAAACAUACAAGGGAAGCUAAAGGUGAUUUAUUGGCUUCAUCUGGAGAUUCAGCAAGCAGCAUACUCUAAAUAUUAGUACAGGUGAAAAUGUUGAUACAAAGUUCUCUUCCUAGUUCAAUUGAAGCAGCUAUAUCUUUUGUAUCUGACCAUGGAAAGCAAGACUUAUUAUGUAAUUGGAUGCUCGGUGCUGAAACUUGGCAGAAGUGUCCAACAUGUGAUGAACAUCUUCAGGAUGGUUGCAAAAAUACAAUUACAACCAGAGAGAAUGAAAGAAAUGGUGAUGAUUCCUUCUCUAUAGUUCAGUCAAUCUCUUCCCACUUAUCAACUGUCAGCAAUAUGUGUGCAAGCACACCAAAUUUAGUGUACAAGCGAAGAAAACUACAAAGGAACUCAGUUGCUCUUUUAUCAGAUAAGGCAGCAACCAACACCAAGGGAAGUGUUGGCUUUCUUUCUUCCUUAAGUUCUGAAGGCCCUUUACAGGCGGCUAAGCAGGAUCAAAUAGGUUCUCAAAUCAAGCAAGAAAGGACUAACUUCAGAUCUCCUGACUUGCCAACAGAUUUAUGCAACAGAGAUCUUGUUAGUGAAAAUGCAUCAAAUUGCCAACAGAUUUACCAGCCAAAUCUUGAGAAUGUUCCUUGUAUACAGAUAAACCAGAAUUGGUGUUUGAAUGUUGUUUCAAAGUCAGAGACUAUUGUUGGAUGUUCUUCAAUUCCAAGGAAUCUUGAGAAUGGUCCUUGUAGACAGAUUGACUGUACUGGGGGUUUGGAUGUUGUUUCAAAGUCAGAGUGUAUUAUAGAAUGUUCUAUUGGAGAAGAGAAUGUGCGUGACGAAGCACCCAACACCAAUGUGUGCAAGCCUGGUAUUGGGUACUAUAGUGUUAAUGAUAGUUGCUCAUCAUCAAAGUCAUGUAUGGAGCUUGUUUCUGCAUCUACAAAGACUGAAGGGGAUGACACUGGAGAGUGUUCUUCAUCAGACAAUUUGGCCAUAGAAGUAUUGGCAGAAGAUUUAUCAGAAAAGGAACUAUGCAUCUCUAUACUUAGAAGCCAUGGGCUCCUUGAAAAAUUUUGGCCUGCCAGAGCCUGUGCUUCUACUGAAGUGCUGGGUAUUGGCACUGAUAGCAAUUGUUUGCGGUCAUGCAAAAUAUGUAGCCGCUCAGACAAUCCACUGAAGAUGCUACUUUGUGAUCAUUGUGAAGAGGCAUUUCAUGUGUCUUGCUGCAACCCUAAAGUAAAGAAGAUACCGGUUGAUGAAUGGUAUUGUCCACCUUGUCUGAAAAAGAAGUGUAAACUUUCAUCGGAGAGUGCUCCUGUAAGAUCAUCAAAUGUUAGCUCUGGCAUGCCUGAGUAUAGGAAUACUGCAUCUAAAGGUGAUUUAGGCCCUAUUUCCUUAAUGUUGAGAGACACUAAGUCUUAUACAUCAGGUGUUCGAAUUGGUAAAGCUUUUCAGGCAGAGGUUCCUGAUUGGACUGGUCCGGUUUCCAACAAUUAUGAUUCAAUUGGUGAACCAUUUGAAAUGGAUGCUACAGAGCAUGUUUGUUUUCAUGGAUGGAAUUCCAAGAAGUCUUCCACACCCAGCUCUAUUGGCAAUUGGCUUCAAUGUCGAGAAGUUCUAUAUGAUGACACAGGGGCAAUUGUUGAGGGACAUAUAUGUGGAAAGUGGCGCAGGGCACCACUUUUUGAAGUUCAAACAGAUGAUUGGGACUGCUCCUGUGCUGUCCUUUGGGAUCCAAUUCAUUCUGAUUGUGCUGUUCCUCAGGAGCUGGAAACAGAUCAAGUUCUAAUGCAUCUAAAAUAUAUAGGAUUGUUGCGGCCUCGGCUAACUGCUAAAAGAAAGAAAUUGAAUCGCACCAAGAGUGAUAGUUCAGAACAAGUAGAGAGGACAUGAAGUAUCUAUACUACACUUGAUGGUAACCUUGAAAUUUCGUGUAAGUAACCAUAAAUCUUGCUUGGUCAUGAUUCUUGUAUAUUCUACUCACAUGCAUUAAAACGGCAUACAUAUAACUGAGUUGAAAAUUUCCCCCCAAAUGUAUUAGAAAACACUGGUACAAGCAGUCAAAUUUUUGUAUUACCAUCCCAAUUGAGUUUGUUGUAGCAUCAAGUACAGUGCAAUUGUAAUCAUUGAGUGAUUCAUUUCUGUUUCUUUUACUUAUUUUAUUUGUUAACUGGCUUUUUUGUAUUGCAUUACCUCCAUAAUAUUUGUUGCAGAUAUGUUACUUUAGCA